GUGGGAGAGGUAGCGGAAGUGAGGGCGGUGCUGCUGGUGGUGCUGGUGGCAGCACAGCAGUGGGUGCAGCAGCAGCAGCAGUUGUAUCCCUACCCGUUGCGGAUCCGCUGUUGCAGCAGCCCCUGCCGAGCUUGAGGGCCCUCCACCAGCAACAACGAGCCGCCGAGGCAGCCGCCGCUCAAUCCACCGCAGCAGCAGGCGCCGGCACCCGGUCCGUCUCCCCUCCUGCAGCACCCGCUGCCGCUGCCACCACCGCCGUUUUGGUCAUUGACGACGAAGACUCCCUCUUUGGCGACGCAGCAGCCGCCGCCAACGCCGCCCCAGCAGCAG